AGCGUCCUGUAAUUAAAAAAUUAAAGAGAUAAUUAUAAAAAAAAUAAAAAUUAGAAAGAUGGGAGUGACGAACUUUAUACUGACGGUGGCCGGAGUGAGCGCGGUGGUUCUUUUGUUAAGGAGCGAUGUGAAGCAAUCGGCUGUCAUUUUGAGACGAAACGUUAAGCAUAUCCGUAACUGGCUCGAAGAAGAAUCCACUGCUGCCGCUAAGGCUUCAGAGAAGGCAACACCUAAGGAACUUGAAUCAAAGGUUCCUCAAAAAGACAUCCCCAAGGAGGACAAGCACUAAUAAGUGUACGUAGAAGAGGCUUAUAUUUAUAGGAGAGUUUUUUUUUUUAGUUUUGUCUUUUUUCUGGAUAUUUGAUGUUUUAGUUAAGUCGAUAGAUUUUGAAGACAUCUGCAUAUAAGAUGUCUUAGAUUGUGUUCAGCUCUUUCACUGUCAAUGAAUACACUGAUAUUAUUGAUGCGGUUCUUACUGCAUUUUGGUGUCAACAUAUACUUGCAGCUUUCCAAUGUAUACUUGGGGUUGAUUGUGUUAA